GAGAGAGAGAGAGAGAGAGAGAAACGAGAUUACAGGCUAGAUAGCAAAGUGUUGAUAAAGAGAGCAACGAGGAAUGAGAGACAGGGAAACAGUGCAUGGAAAAACUCGAAUAGACGUUUAACACGACUUUUUUUUUUUUUUUUUACCACUAAAGUCGUCACCAAGUCGUAUCACCUCAGUAUAACAUAGCAGAAUAGUGCGUUUGUAUUUAUAUAAAAUAUAAUAAUGCUGGCUGUUUGACAUUGUCACUGCCUGUCUUCUUCAAGCGAAUGAGGCGCCUCCAUGUCGUUGCUGUUCACACCGAAUGAACGUUUCCUCCAUAACAUAACACAACACAACAUAACACAACACAACACAACACAACCAACGAGCAAAACGAGCUGCUUGUGUUGUUAUGUAGUGUGAGGUGUAAUAACCGAGACAUUAGGAUGUUUGGAUUAAUGUAUGUUUCGGAUGGGCGUUGAAAUGUUAAACGCUCUCUGUGUGGCUGUGUAUCGCUGCCUCUCAAGUGCGCGGCCAAUAGCGGCUGGCGAUACAAAACACACAUUCACUUACUCUGUGUACAGUAGCAAAAGAAAGAAAGAAAGAAAGAAAAAAAGAAAAAGUGAACAGAGAGAUACAUAUUGUCGGAAGCGUGACAGAGGUGUCCGACGAGACAUUCGCAGCAACACUGUGUCCGCCGAGUCACUUUAAAGUGCCCUGGCUGUUUCAGGUCACCAUCAUCGCAUGUCACAGCCUGACUGACAGAUCCAUCUUCAUCUUUCAAAUCCAGCAUUUCCAUAGUCUGUGAUUAAGGUCAGAAGCAGCAUGAAGGGCGGAGGAGGGGGGAAGGAGGUACCGGCGGAGGGCGAGGUGAGCGCCAAGCAGAGGCCCAAACGCAAGUGCCUGCAGUGGCACCCGCUGCUUUCCAAGAAGAAGGCCCUGGACUUCUCCGAGGAAGAAGAAGAUGAGGACGAGGAAGAGCUGGAGAAGGUUCCAGUGGAGUGCCCUGAGCGUAGCGGUCAGGCUCCUGAGUGUGUGGCAAUGGAGGACGAUGGUGAGGAAGACUCUUCGGAGCAGCGUGCUCGCCGGCCCAUGAAUGCCUUCCUGCUCUUCUGUAAGCGGCACCGCUCACUGGUGCGCCAGGAACACCCGAGACUGGACAACCGCGGAGCCACCAAGAUCCUGGCAGACUGGUGGGCCGUGCUGGAGCCCAGUGAGAAGCAGAAAUACACCGACAUGGCCAAGGAGUAUAAAGAUGCCUUUAUGAAAGCAAACCCAGGCUAUAAGUGGUGUCCUGCCACCAGCAAGCCGGUGAAGAGUCCCACUCAUGCAGUGAGUAAUGCACGUAAGAAGGCCUGGUCUCUGCCCUCCAACAACACCAAGGACAUCACUGUUGCCAAAAAAGUGCCCAAAACAGACAGCUCACCACAGCUAAACUUUGCCAUGGCAGAUCCGACUAAGAUGGGUGGCCUGAGCAUGCUGCUGCUAGCUGGGGAGCACGCCCUGACUGCCAGAGAGAUCUCGUCUAGUAGUUCACAGAGCGGCACUGGAGAUGUUGCAAAGCAUACUGGGAAAUCUGCCCUUUUCCAGUUGGCUGAGAUUUCCUCCUGUCCACCCCAGAUUGACGGUUGUAAAAGUUCAGAGUGUCGAAGCGCAGCAGCCCCCCAGACAGAGGUAUGUGGCCUUUCUCAGCCCAACUCGCCAGAUUUACCCAGCAGCUGCAUGCGGUCUCCUCUCUUCCAGCUGGCUGAGAUAUCAUCUAGUGGGUCUCAGGCUUCGGUAUCUGAGGUGAAGCAGUGCGGCCAGUCUGCUCUUUUUCAGCUUGCAGAGAUGUGUUUAGCCUCUGAAGCAGAAAAACUGGAGGCCCUCUCCUCCCAACCAGCCAUGGACUCAUCCUCUCUCUGCGCCCAGGACAGCGCUCCUGACACAACGCCCACCGUGGACCUUCCCACGCCAACACCACCCUCAUCGCCCCCAACUUCCUGUAAGAAGAAGAAGAAGCCAAACGACGUGGCAAAAGGUGAGAAAAGCCCUGGCUCGCCCAAGAAACCCUGCAAGAAGCGUUCUUCAUCCGGCUCAGACCUUGAGAGCUUGAUGUACACUAUUGAGGCGGUGGCCAAAGGAGCCUGGGGCUCAGAGGAAAUGGAGACAACCAGGAAGCGGGCACGUCCGUCGGGCGGUCCGUCGGAUCAGCCUUCGUCAGCAGAGAAGAAAAAGACCAAACCCAAAGCCAAGAAACAGCUCAGGACCAAGGAGGACGAAGAGGAGAGGGGAGAAGGAGAGGAUUGCAAGCCACUUGAGACAGAAGGGUCUGUGCUUAGCCAUGAAACGGAACUGAAAACCGAGUGCAAGAAGGAAGUGGACGUCAAAGUGGACCGAGUGGAGGACUCAGAGCCACACAUCUCUACAGAACAGCAAAUCAGCAAAGGUGUAGAAGCGGGCUCCCCACUGCCAAACAAAGGAGAAGAGAAGGACCUGGAAGUUAAGCCAGUUGUAAUUCAAACAGAAGAGAGGGACAUCGAGCCCAAACCUGAAGCCUGUGGAUCCCGGAAAUCAGAGCGAAGCUGUAAGGGAGCUCUGUACAAAACUCUGGUGUCUGAAGGAAUGCUGACAUCACUGCGGGCCAACGUCGACAGAGGAAAGAGAGGCUCCAUGCGUGGCACCGUGUCCGAGUCGGAGAUAGGAUGGACAGACGAAAGCUGUAAUUUCAGUCAACCUGCUGCCAGCAACCCCAAAAAACUGAAAAAGUCCAAAUCCAAAGAGGAGCCAGUGCCAGGCAAUUUAGGAAAGCUGGAAGAGGAGUUUGAGAAGAAGUUUAACAGCCUGCCCCAGUACAGUCCACUGACGUUCGACAAAAAGAGCACAGCUGUCACCAAAAGGAAGAAAGCCAACGUAACUAACCCUCUGGAAAGUCCUACGCCUAAUAAGGGUCCAUCCCCAUCUCAGAAAAAGACUUUAUUCCACAAGAUUGUUAGCAAGUACAAGCACAAAAAGGAAAAGGCUGGAACUUUGGAGAAAGCCAUAGCACAGCCUGACCCAACGGCCAGUGACACAGGCACAGCGAAGUCAGACUCCUCGUGUGCUUCUCUUGCUACUGAGACCCGUAAGAUGGGUGAUGUGCCUGUGGGAAGCCAGAAGAGGAAAGCCAGAAAAAGCAAAAUCACUCAUUUGGUGCGCACGGCCGAUGGGCGUCUAUCACCCGCUGAGGCGGACAAAGUGAAGGAGCUGACCCAGGAUCAGGAUGGAAAGCCAUUAACUCAUGAGACUUUAUGCAACACAGAGAGCUGCUCCACUGACCCCAUACCAGCCGAGUCUGGCAAUCUGCCAGCCUUCUUCAGCCUAGCAGCCCUCGCCGAGGUCGCUGCCAUGGAGAACAUGCAUCGAGGCCAGCGAGCAGUGAGCGUGGCUGCUGAAGGUCAGGUGAAGGACAUGGCUCCUCAGACUCCUGUGCUGAUCUCUUGCGCUGAUCAGUGAAGGUGUAGACCUCGCCUGCGAGUGGACUCAUUGGGACGUAUCUGAGAGCUUUGUGCUGGGGAAUAUAUACACAUACAUAGUCCGAGAGAGAGUUUGGAGCAAGCAGAGACGGAAGAGAAGGAAGAUGCUUUACUACGUUACUAUGGAGGCUUCAACACACACACACUAGAGAUCAUGUAGAUGUGUGGGCUGGCUUCCUCCAUUUGCCCUAGACAUUCAGGAACUGGAGAUGGCUGCUGUUAUAAAGUGAAACUUUUUUUUUCACAUAUGAGAAAAUGGACCUAAGGAAGCUCUCUUAUUAAGUUUUGUUUUUGGUUUCAACCCUUCUGCAUAAAACCCCACUCUGACUCUCUCUCUCUUUGUUAGAGGAAAAUCUUGUGGCUUCCUGACAUCCUUCCUGCCCAGAAAGCAAGCACACUUACACUGCAUACCUUGUCUGUGUGUGUGUGUGUGUGUGUGUGUGUGUGUGUGUGCGCGUGCGUGCAGUUUUGCUCUAUAGCCCCCCUUACCUCACAGCCAGCCUGCUUAUACACCCAAGUCCCUCUCAGCGCAGGCUUCACCAUGACAAUGCACAAUUAAUGCCUAGAUGCCUCUUUUCUGGUCAAUGACCC